CCAGUAGUGGCUGUGAUGACUACAGCAGGUGGAGUAAGAUCAAUGACAGCCAUGUAUGGGAGCCUAUUAGGUCUCCAGAAGCUCAAUCUCUUACACUGUAUUUCAUACAUCACUGGUUUAUCUGGCACAACAUGGACUAUGAUAAAUUUAUACAAAGAUCCAUAUUGGUCACACAAUAAUCUGGAAGAUGUGAUCACUGAUGUUCGGAAACAGGUGGUGAAAAAUAAACUGUGCUGUUUUACUGGAGAGCGCUUGAAAUAUUAUGAAAAGGAAAUACAGAACAGGCAUGUUGAGGGUCACACGUUAUCAUUCACAGAUCUCUGGGGACUAAUUCUUGAAUCUAUGCUUCACGAUGAGCCAGAUCCCCAUAAGCUCUCAGAUCAACGACAGGCAAUAAAUCGAGGUCAAAACCCUCUUCCUAUCUACCUUGCUCUUAAUGUCAAGAAAAAAUAUAGCACUCUAGAUUUUAAAGAAUGGGUGGAAUUCACACCAUAUGAAGUGGGCUUCCUGAAAUAUGGAGGGUUCAUUAAUGCAGAAGAUUUUGGAAGUGAGUUCUACACGGGUCACUUGAUGAAGAAGAUUCCAGAAUCUCGGCUUUGUUUCAUGCAAGGCAUGUGGAGUAAUAUCUAUUCCCAGAGUAUGCUGGAUGCUUUAUAUUUAGCAGAAUGUCCAGAAGACUUUUGGCACAAGUGGACAAGACCUAGAAUCUAUGAUAUUGAAGAAGAUAUUCCCCCUCGGCUUCCCAAGAGGCCAUAUGUGCAGCCAACACGUCUUUUUAUCCCUAGUGGUUCUGUCACAAAUGUGCUUAGAGAUGUUAUAACCUUGCGUCCAGUUGUUUCACAGUUUCACAAUUUUAUGAAAGGCCUGCAGUUGAACAACAAAUACUUAGAGAAUAACAGGUUUUCUACCUGGAAAGAUACUGUACUAGAUUCUAGCGCCAAUCAACUGACCAUGUCUGAAGAACAUUUGGAACUUGUAGACACAGCUUUCUUUAUCAAUACCAGCUGCCCACCUCUUUUAAGGCCAGAAAGACAAGUGGACAUUAUUAUACAUUUAAAUUACAGUGGAGGAUCACAGACAUUGCCACUGGACUUAAGCACAACGUACUAUCAGGAGCAGGGCAUCCCAUACCCUAAGACUGUUAUCACAGAAGAAGACAGGAAGCAUCUCAAGGAAUGUUAUACCUUUGAUGAUGCAGAGAGUCCAAAGGCUCCUAUACUGCUGUAUUUCCCACUUGUAUGUGACACCUUCCAAAAAUACAAAGCACCUGGUGUGGAACGUGGUCCAAGUGAGAUGGAGGAUGGCCAUGUUGAUGUCACCAGCACUGUUUUUUCUCCAUAUGCUACUGGCAUGGUGCAAUACUCAGAGGAGAACUUCAACAAGCUGCUAAAUUUGACCACCUAUAACAUUCUGAAUAAUGAACAUUCGAUUCUUCAGGCUUUACGGACAGUAAUCGAAAGGAAGAAGCAGCAGAAGUCUUUCUGUUCCUCUUUUUAA